AUGUCGAAGCGAGGUCGCGGAGGAUCGGCGGGAAACAAGUUCCGCAUGUCACUAGGUCUUCCUAUAGUGGCUACGGUCAACUAUGCCGACAAUACUGGCGUGAAGAAUCUCUACAUCAUAUCAGUGAAGGGGAUCAAGGGUCGUUUGAAUCGAUUGUCGUCUGCUUGUGUGGGAGAUAUGGUUAUGGAGACGGUGAAGAAAGGGAAACCUGAUUUGAGAAAGAAGGUCAUGCCUACUGUCAUUGUUAGACAACGCAAGCCCUGGCGCCGAAAGGAUGGAGUGUUCAUGUAUUUUGAAGAUAAUGCUGGUGUGAUAGUGAAUCCUAAGGGAGAAAUGAAAGGUUCUGUCAUUACUGGUCAAAUUGGGAAGGAAUGUGCUGAUUUAUGA